GUAUGUCAAUAAAGUAGUGAUGUUUAUUAACAGCCCAUUAGACACUGUUUGACAUCUCAACUUGAAAAAGAAGCGCAUUGUCCUACAUGUCAACAACCAGCUACUUUGCAAGACAUGAAACCAGAUCCAAGAUAUGACAAUCUUGUUGUCUAUACCAACAAACUUAAGACUGAACUCUUGAGUCAUACAUUAACACCUCUUGAACUCUCUUUAGUGAAGCAUCAAGGCAAUGACUCAAGCAUGGAUGAAGCAUUGCCUUCUCUUGGCGAUAAAAGAGAUCUAGAAGAAGAGGAUGAACAAGAUGAAUUAGAAAGUGAAUACAGUGAUAAACUGUCCACUCGAAAGCGAUUUAAAUCCUCUUUUGAAGAUCCAUUGUUUUCCUCUGAUCCGAGUGUACCUGGUGCUACCUUGGGAUUCUCUUCUGCUGAACAAACACAACAACAACAGGAAGAAGAGGAUCAAGUGCCUGUCAAAACAAUAGCAGAAGUAAAUGUAGUUGAUGAUGGCAGUCGUACUCAAGAAGGCAGUUGGCAAUGCAGCAAAUGCCAAUACACAAAUGCAGCUUAUAUUCAAACAUGUGGCAUAUGUCAUCAAUUGAGAGCUCAAAUAGACACAUUCACAAUUCCAGCCAAACCAACUCAGAUAAGAACAGACUAUAGCCAACAUACAGCUGCUGCAGACCAUAUGGUUCAUGCCACACCAGCACCAAGCAACAAUACACGUCUCAAGACAGACCCACAGGUAGCUAAAGAAGCUCAUAUCUUAUAUACAGGAUUAUCGCCUGAAGAUGAUAAAAUGCUAGAAAAUAUCAAGCGUGAAGCAGAAUCAUCAAGACUCAAGAUAUUCAUUCACUAUAAAAUGAGAGAAUUUGAUGAAAUUACACACAUUAUUACCAGUGUCAAUAAAGACAGAUUAUGCAAAAGAACAAUGAAAUACCUUCAAGGCGUCUUGGCAGGCAAAUGGAUUGUUUAUCCUAAAUGGCUUAUUGACAGCAUCAAAGCAAAUCAAUGGCAGCUAGAAAUGACUUAUGAAGUACAAGGGGAUCAACUUUCUGGCAAAACACUUGCACCUAGCAAAAGCAGACAUCAUAAGGAACCUUUAUUUCAGAAUCAAAUAUUUUAUUUUUAUGGUGAAUUCACCGGCAAGCAUAACAAGAAUGAUCUCUUGAUUUUAUGCAGAACAGGAGGUGCUAAAGUAUUAAGCCGAAAACCAACAACUCAAGAUGCCAUUAUUAUUGUUCCUGAAGGCUAUAAAAGGAAAAAGUCAAAUGUAUGGCUGGAUCAAUAUACAGUGAAAGAUCCAGUUUGGUUAAUUCAAUGCAUAAGUACAUUCAAAGCUAAAUAAAUAAAAAGUGUUCUUAUUUAAAGAAGAACGAUCAAGUUAAACUUUGGCAAUCAAUCAAUAGAGGCAGUUGUUUUUAUGGAUAUAAGCUUUUUUUUUAACUAAAAAGAAGAUA